AUGUCCGAUCCACCUCAUGUUGCCAUAACAAUAGCAAACUCGAUAUUUAUUAUCACCUGCACUGUGGGAAACUGUCUCGUAUGCGCCGUAGUGCUGAGAAAUCGAGACAUGAGGUACAGAAACCAAUUCAAAUUAGUCUAUAUUCAUAUAGCUAUUUUUGGCUGAGUUCGACGUUCGAUGGAUUACAGUAAAAGCCUGCAACCAAAAACCUAUUUUUUAAGAACCUGUUAGGCUAAAAUUUGCCAGUUAGGCCCCCUCUAUACAAGAACAUGUUUACUCUAAAAUUUAAAACAGAGGUUCCACUAAAAGCUCAAAGCAUUUUUUUCUUCAGAAAAUAAGAAAAACCUAACUAGCCAUUUAGGCAAACUUGAGAAUAAGCACAGUGGGUGAUCAGGUUCUUAGUUACGGAUUUUACUGAAGUAAAUUGCUGUGUAAAGUGCGUUCAAGAAAUAUUUCAGGGGAGAGUUGGAUUUUUAAGCAAAGGUCGCUUAUAAACUGUUUUUUUUUUUUUUUGCUGUGGUGGAGGUUGUGAGCUUGCCUUUGAUUAAGCUCGAAAUAACUAUUUAUUCGCCACAUUUCGAUGAAAAACUAAAAUGGAACACGCUCCAACUAAAAACAGAAACGAGAGCGGCAAGAAAAUAAAUAGGUCUAAUUUAUUAGCAAAAAACAACUUUAACUCUCCAUGUUCAGCACAUUUUUUUGUACAUUUCUGUACCACGCUUUAUGGAGGACGUUAACAAGCGACGACAAAGUUUUCUUUCUGUUAUAAACUUUCUGAACUUAAAUAUGGAGUUCUUGGGGUCAUUCUACUCCACAUUUGACAUAGCAAGUUAGCUAGAAAAAUCGGGAUGAAGGCUGAAAAAACGCGAAUUCUUAUUUUAAGGUGGCUCCACUGGAUUUUUUUGAGGGGAUACCUCUCGAGUUUGAGCAUCAACUACGUCGCCAUGAGUAAAGAUAUGGGAAAAAGAUUACCACAACUGUAUUAUAUAAAGAUGAAAAUUUCUUAUGAUCUGGGUUUUAUUGCAAUCGGAGUCGCCAUGGCAACGUAACAACGCCAUUACGUUUUUUAUUUAUCUUUGUGUUUCUCUGAACCAAGAGUUUUUUUAAGAAAUCACUUCAGGGAGUUUAUACCUAGCCAAUUAUUGCAAAGUUUGAACAAAUUCUAUGAGAGCGUUUUCGAGAUAUUUUGAAACGAAGUUUCAAGCAUUAUAAAAACAGUGAAAUAGCAUGCUAUCCAAUGCUAUCCACACAAUUAGCUAAUUCUUUAAGAAAAUGAUAAGCUUUGGAAACGCGGCUUCAUCUCAUAGUGGUUUGAUUUCAUUGAAAACUGCGUACAAGAAAAGAGGGGAAUUGCUCCGGGCGAUCGCUAGUAAGAAGAAUUUUAUUAACUUGCAUUCAGCUGCUUUUGUUACAGUUUUUUCACGUAAUUUGGUAAACGCCUACAAAUUUCGCAUUUUUCAAAAAACCGCCCGAUAAAUUUUUUUAUAAAUUUUGCAAUUCCGAGAUCAAUCGUCUAUAAAUAUACCCUGCAAGUCUUAAGAACAUUGUAAACAGAGAAGGAUUGGGCCUCAAAUAUAACCAAUUUCCCCCCCCAUAUUUUGUGUUUACAACGAGCGUCCUCAUUAUUCACUGGCAUUGUUUCCAACAAUGUUUUUUUCCAUUGUUUUUGUGCCUCGGGUAAUUUUCAACAAUGGCUGGAGCGACGAAAAUGCGAAAGGAUUGGCUUCGGUCAGGAAAAUCGCCAUAUUUUACACUGUUCUUUUCGUUUCAACUUAAUUUUUUAAGUUUAGUUUAGCAAAACAACAACUCUGCACGUGCAUCACUGCACGCUUGACGACGUGAAAAUGCCUAAUUUCACGUUCUAUAGAGGACGUAAAUACAAGAAAACGACUUUCUUUUUCUUUUCUCGAACUGCGAUACGGUCUUUAGGAUUCAACUCCAGAAAAAAGUGCCAACAUUCGACGAAUUGAACAAGAUGGAUAUAAUCGCUACAAAGUUUUCUUGUAACCGUCGCCGUCGUUGUUGCUUAUAAGCUUUUAUGAGACUUUUCUGAUCUUUUCUGGAGCUAAGUUAAGCGCGAAAUUUCUCAAGGUCCAAAGUGCACUUCCCAGAACUGGCAGUCUGCUGUGAUUGGUCUUCGUUUUUUUCCGCUCAAAUCAGCAGACGUUAGUGGGGCAGGAACGCGUGACGAACCCCUAAGAACGUCUGCGUGGAAGGCUACUGCAGCGCGCGUCUGUCGGACAUGAAGAUCUGGGAUAUAAUAGCGCUGCGCACAGAUGACGUCACAAAAACGUGACCCCCACCGACACUCAGACAAACAUUGGCCAUCUCUGCUAGAGGUCGCAAGAACGCUUUAUGGAAGCGCCCAGUUUGCGAUCAGUUCUGCUCGCCGUUUAAGCGUUUUUAGGAGCGUUCCAGUUUCGAAAUUUGAGGAACGUCCAGGGAAAUAUAAUUCGAGAUUCGAAUAUGCUCAAGCUCGGGGAAUUCUUCCACUACAAGACCAAACCUGUUUUAGAAUUGCUUGGCGUUUGCGAAAAAACAUCAAAUGUGUCAGGGAGGUUUAGAUGAUAAUUUUUCUGGAUAUCCUGAAAACUGACUCAGUGCGUCACGCCGGUGAAGUGUUGAAAGCAAUGAGAAUUAACAAAAUGCCCAAGGUCGACGAUUGAGUCUACCUCAAACCAUGGGCAAUGUUUGAAAUCGCUUGAGGUUUCUAAGCAGUUUAUGUUUUUAGAAGAAGAAGCAGAAGCAGUUUAUGUUUUUAGAAGAAUUAAAUCGGAGAAUUCGUGAAAAUGGGAUAAAUUUAACACUGUCAUGUAUCUACCUCUUUCAAAACAUUUCCCGGCUGCCUGAUCACUGCCACAAAACACAGCGUACUUCGCUUUCUUUCCGUAUUUCUCUCAUUUAUUUAGUGGCUCAGACCACUUUUUCAGGGAUCCUUGAGUCCCUCUCACAUUCUUCCCAGCUGCAACGCUUGUUGUUUACUAUAUCCCGAUAAAAAUACACAAAAAAAACAAUGUUUGGACUCAACACUAGGUAAACGCGCAUACAAAGCCUUUGAGUGAGAAGCAAAGUUUGCCGAGUCAUGCGGGGGGUCUUUUCAGACGUGGACUAUUUUUAGAAUUUGUGCGCAGCGCUAUUGAAAACAGCGCAGCAAUCGUUCACGGCUUCAGCAAGCCGCGGACAACGUUUGAGUGUAUCUAUACAAACAUUUUCACCUCCAAGGUAAGCCGCAGCUAGGAUAAGCCCAGCCCAAAACUCCUCGGCCAGGAUAAGCCACGGCAAGACCUAGCCGUGGGUUAAAUAAGCGGGUGUUUACACGAGAAAACUCGCACCGGCGCGAGUUUCAUACCAAAAUGACUUUUUAAUUUCGUAUCGCGUUUACAUGAUGACUGCGUCAUUUCCGUAUCUCGCUAUUUGAAGGUACACUUCAUGUUGAUAAAAUACACGCGUACCGGAGAGAGAUUCUCGCCCCGGUACAACAACCGAGGUGAAAUCACGCUGGGGUGACUCGCGCUGGCAUGACAUUUUGUGGUGGUAUCAUGUAACUAAAUGUAGAGCCAUGAGAGGGAACGGGAGUGACCUCGGUCCAGCGCGAAAGUCGCCCCGGUGUCAUGUAAACACCCCAUAAGCCGUGAACGUAAAUUUUGUACCAUUUAUUACUGGGUGUUGGCGUCUUAUGUUGCCCGCGGCCAGAGAAAGCUGCAGCUUAUUUUAUCGCCUAUUAACGUCCUUAUUGUGAACUGUACCUUAUCCCGCAGGAUUCCUUUCAACUAUCUACUUGUAAACCUAGCAGCAGCAGAUAUCUCUUACGCGAUAUUUGAGGUACCCAAUAUCAUUUUACGCCACCAUGUUUACCAUCCUGAGGGCCUUGCUGGCACAUUAUUAUGUACAACGCUGACAGGAACGAACUUAUCGUGGGUUGGUGGCCGUGCCUCCAUGAUCACUCUGCUUGUCAUCGCCAUUGAAAGGUAUUUUGCAGUGGUUCAUCCUCAUGGAAACAAAGGAAAACUUACAAAUCGCAAACUCAAGGUUUGUGAUAUUCAAAUAUAUCAUUACGAUUGUCAUUGUCUCGUCAACGACCGCUAACUUUUUUUGGCGUCGUUAUAAUUCUGCACUGUUCUGAACCUUUUAGCAGCGAUAAAUGAUCCUGAAGCAUGGUUUGAACUAUGUUUUAGCCUUGUGGUAUACUUGAUGUACUCCUAAAGUCAGGGUAUACGCGGAACUUUUAGUUACAAUAAGGAGCCAUUCAUAUAGUAAAUAAAAAACUACCAGCAAUAAAUGCUAUUCCAAGAUUAAGUAGAUAAGUCCGAACCCGUUCUAGUCCGGGAAAAGAUCACCGUUGGGGUUGAUUCUCAUCAGCGACCACCACCCGUAGCGACCACUAUUAAAAUCACUGGAGCAUUCUGUGUUCUCUAUUGCGGGAGGUUCGAAUGGAGGCUCGCACUCGGAAAACCAGUGUGACGAGGGAAAACGUGAUUGACUAGUCGGGAAGUUCAGGCUUAAGCAACUUCCAAGGCCUGCGUGAUUUGGACAGAGUCUCCUUUUCUCCACAAGAAAACAAGGAAGGCUCUGCUUGCAGGUUGAGAAAAGGAGUCGAUCCAUAGGCAACACCCUGGGGUUCUUACAACUUUUUAUACGAGUAGGCUCCGCCCCGAGCUCCGAUUAAUUACUUAGCUCCUCUGAUAUCCUUCAAACUGAAGAAAAGAUUAUUCCUUCCGUUUAAAUUCCAUUGAAAAAUAGCACUACUUUCGCAUACAGUAAACAAGAACCGAUGGCAUCACUUUUCUAAAGUCCAUGAGCAAUAUCUCACAGGAGAACGCGAACCCCAAGCAUCACCUUCUUAGCCCCAGUUGCAUGUCACUAGAAUUAAAGUAUUAAUUAAGAGAUCAGACCUGAAAAAAAAAAACAAACAAAAAAGUGGUUAUAACCGGGCUACGUAACAUGUCGGCAAGUGGCGACCAGAGAGCUCUGCCAUUAAUUUUACGAAGAAAUAUUACACAACACAUGCACUGACACGGCUUCAUUCGCUCUGGUAAGACAUCGCGAUCUACUUAACAAUUAUUCCACGAGUGCGCGUUGGAUAUAAAAUGAUAGAUAGCCGAAGAGGCGCGUAGCGCCGAGUUGGCUAUAAUCAUCUCAUAUCCAACAAGCGCGAGUGGAAUCAUUGUUUUAUUAGAAACGCGCACAAAAUAUCGAAAAUUCUUCCCGACUUUAUUUGUGAAAACAACCGAUUUUCAGAUUGUUUUUAAUUUUUAGCAGACGCGUACAGUUACCAUAUUUCGAGAGCAUGGUAUAAUGGCUCAUAUACCAUGAUGGCUAAGCCAAUCAGAGCCCUAGAUUGCAUUAUCCAAUGAUUCAGUUUUUAAUAAAAGUGACUAGCUACACCAUGAAACAAAACUUUGCUACAAAAUUAUCACAUUGUAACGGCUAAUCAGACCUAACCAUUGUACAUACUUGUUUUAGGUUAUUAUUCCCGGCAUUUGGAUCAUCGCUUUUAUUUAUAGACUCCCAUCUGCGAAGAAAACUUAUGUUGCCACUUCCCAACGCUGCGUUUCCUCAUUGCCUACAGAGACUAAAGAGUCCAUUGAUAUUGCUUUUCGUGUCCUUAAGUUCAUUCUCAUAGCACUGUUGGUUGUGCUAUACGCCCGAGUUGUGUAUGCCUUGUGGUUCAAGCGAAGUGGUAAUGCAGUCACACAUCACCAACAGGUACUAAGCUUUCUAGACUUUCUAUAGCCUGCGAAACGCUCUCAAUGGAGAGGACCCCGAGAAGUGUGACGUUACGUUAUAUGGUAGCAAACUUUCUGGAUCACAGCAAUAGGGAGCUUAAGGAACGACGACGGCGCAGUGAGAACGGCAAAAAAAACAAUAGCUUUAUACUACAUUACAGAAACGCGCCCAUUGAAAAACGUCGCCCGUGAAAAGUGGGGUACCCAUUAGGCUUUGCGAGCAAAAACGAAGUUUCAAAGACUACCGUCGUUCUCGGUCUCUUAUGAACUUCAUAGCGGUUAACUAUUCUCACACUUUCAAGAGACAAUGCAGAAACAAUAGAAGUAGGUUGCCAUUGUUUUAAGUGUUGGAAUGUCAGUGCUUCAAGUUUAUGCAAAGAGAAGCAUUUUUCUUCCUUGUACACUAACAUAAAACCCUCGCGAAUUCGGUAGUCUCGUGCGAAUCGUUUUGAUGGCAAAACAGUUCAAGCUAAUCAGAAACCAAAUUAAUCUUCACUUAAAAACUCAUCUUCACGAAAAUCACUCGAUAAGAUUGAAUAAAAAUGUUUGCAGCGUUUAUAAAUAUUAUUAUCAGAAGCGGUAUUGUAGUUGUUUUCAAGAGACGGAUUAGAUCGCUGUUUAGGUUUGGCCGUUAAAUAUGUAGUUAUAGCGUUCUUAAAGAAAGUAUCGCUCUUAAUUUUGCCUUAUACUUUGCUAAAAUCAAUAUCUUAAAUGAAGAAUGUAAGUGAGAGUGCUUUUUGUCGAAUUUGCCCGUAAAUUUUAAGGUUUGUAAUAUUAUCCAAAACCCGUGACAAAAUGUAAACAAACUAUUAACGCAUCGGUUGCGCUCAUAUUUCAUCGAUCGAUUCGAACACCAAGAAGUUUGUAAAAGGUAAAAAUUCAUUUUAAGUCAGUGCAUUGAAUUAUUUACGGCAAAAUCAACAACAAUCAUCGAGGAUUUUUCAAUUUUGAGGCGUUUAACAGCAAAAAGUCACAUGCUAAUUCGGAGUAAAUUUAGACAGUUUUAAACAGACUGAGCUAUUGUUAGUCGCGUAAAGUUCUAUUCUUCAUCGAAGAAUAGGCAAAUGUUGCGGAUAUCUGAGCAGGAACAAUAACCAGGAAAGGGAUAUACCCAGGGGAUUUCUAGAUUGACACUAAAUUAACGUCAUUUUUCACUUAUUUGCAUUUUCACGAUCGACGUUUUUGAAUGGGCGCGUUUUGCGCGUAUUAGCAAAACCGAACAACUUUGCACGUGCAUCACGCUUUUUUUACAAGUUUCUUAACAGUCGUUGCACGAAUGAACGAAACGAAUGAAAGACUAAAUUUGUACGGUUCAGGUGUUUAAACGAGUCCGCGUAAAAUUGGAACCGUACCAGUCAAAAAUUUUGACCUAUUUCUGAUACGGUAAAAAACUUGCACGGUUGCGCGGGUCCUGUGUAAACAAAAGGCGGAUCCGUGAAAGUUCUCGUCCGCUCAAAAAUUUGUCCGGACCCGUGUAAACGGGGUCUUACCUUUAUCGGUAACACUCAGAAGUUAAUGGUCUGUAACCAGAAAAGAUUAAACAACAUACACGUUUUUUAAAUGUUUAUCUGGAUAUAUUCUCAAAAUUAUCUGAUAUGAGCAAUAUUGCAAGCUUGGGUGCCUGUUCUAAUGUAUCAUUGUUUUGUACAAUGCAGGCUGUGUUGAGGUUGCGGAAGCGAGUCACCUUGAUGGUUGUCACUGUCAGCGUCUUUUUUGCAAUUUCUUGGGGAGGAGACACUCUGUUGCACAUUUUGAAGGAUCGCUCCUUUAAGCUGAGUCCUUUAGCAAUUCCCAUUGCACACGUAAUGAUUAUGUUCAACGCUGCUGUAAAUCCUUUUGCUUACGCCCUGAUAAACGAAAGAUUCCGGCAGAAGAUGAAAGAAAUGUUCGGCAGCGGCUCACGUUCGUUGGCAGCCAAGACUUUUGUUACUUCCGAGCGUAAGCCACAGGGAAUACAGAUGGCAAACAUGUCGGUGAAGCAGAAAGAGCAGAUGAGCAAAGACAAUUUCUCAGAAUAA